CGAGCCUGCUGACAGAUUCUCGAAGGCGGCGGCGGCCUUGGGCCGCGGGGAAUGGGAGUCCCAGGGCCCUGACUGAGCACCGCCCCCGCCUCCCUGCCGCGACAUGGCUCAGGAGAAGAUGGAGCUGGAUCUGGAGCUGCCCGCGGGCACGGGCGCGAGCCCGGCGGAGGGCGGCGGCCCGGGCGGCGGGGGCCUCCGGAGGUCUAACAGCGCCCCCCUGAUCCACGGCCUCAGCGACUCCUCGCCGGUGUUCCAGGCCGAGGCGCCCAGCGCCAGGCGGAACAGCACGACGUUCCCGAGCCGCCACGGCCUGCUGCUCCCGGCCUCACCGGUCCGAAUGCACAGCAGCCGCCUGCACCAGAUCAAACAGGAGGAGGGCAUGGACCUGAUCAACCGAGAGACGGUCCACGAGCGCGAGGUGCAGACCGCAAUGCAGAUAAGCCACUCCUGGGAGGAAAGUUUCAGCCUGAGUGACAACGACGUGGAGAAAUCCGCCUCCCCAAAGCGCAUCGAUUUCAUUCCGGUGUCUCCAGCACCGUCACCCACCCGGGGAAUUGGGAAGCAGUGUUUUUCACCGUCCUUGCAAAGUUUUGUGAGUAGCAACGGAUUGCCUCCAAGUCCUAUUCCCAGUCCAACCACCCGAUUUACUACCCGGAGAAGCCAGAGUCCCAUCAACUGCAUUAGACCAAGUGUUCUUGGACCAUUGAAAAGAAAAUGUGAAAUGGAAACUGAUUAUCAGCCAAAGAGAUUUUUCCAGGGCAUCACCAACAUGCUUUCUUCUGACGUUGCACAGCUGUCAGACCCCGGUGUGUGUGUAUCUUCCGAUACCCUGGAUGGAAACAGCAGCAGUGCCGGAUCUUCUUGUAACUCACCAGCGAAAGUCAGCACUACCACCGACUCUCCUGUGUCGCCUGCCCAAGCAGCCUCCCCCUUUAUUCCAGUAGAUGAACUUUCUUCAAAAUGACUCACUCGUCUUGAAUCCCCCUCCCACUAUGGAGAGACAAAAAAAAAAAAAAAAAAAAAAAAAAAAAAAUCAAGUUAGAGCAAGCACUGAACUUUGUCGAUUACGUUGAAGCUGUUUCCUAUUUUACUCUUCCCUCUUUUUGGAAAUUCCUAAAAUGUUAUUCUAGAGAAUUUCUAUGUCAGGUUCCUGCGGACGCCCUUGAAUUCAGUGUAGUAAUAUUUUCGGACUUUUUAUCAAUAAGUGUGUUGAAGCAUACAUUUUACGCUGCUAAUAUGUCUAAAUACAUAUGUUAUCCCUUGAUUUUUUAAAUAAUUGAGAGCUCUAUUUAUUUAUGGGAUUAUUAAGUUCUGAUGAAAAUAUAAAUGUUGAAUUUCAGUUUAGUAAACUGAUGUUUUAAAAUU